AUGAAAAAUAACACAAGCACAAAUAAGCCAUCAAAAGCUCGGCCAAAAGAGCCGAAAAUACCUCUCGUCGGAAACCAAAAUGGGGGAAGAGGUUCGGGUCUCAGCUACGAGUUCUCGGCUCUCGUCUCUGCGAAAAAUGGGAUUGAUUUGCUGCAGAACAGUGGAACAAGCCCGACCUCGGGUGAUCUGAAACUGCUUCAGCCACGGGCCGCCUGGUCUCAGCUUCGCACAAGCUUUUAUCCGCGAACAGAGACUUCCUCUCGAUCACCAGAUGAGGCCCUCGGUGCUCUAGAGUUCGCUGCUGCUUGGGCCUGCUCCUGGCCUUGUGCUCGCCACCUCCUUGGUCUCGCCGAGAAGGCUGCUGCUCAUCGGGAAUCGGGUGGAAGGUACAAUGUCUCGUCACCAGAUUUUGCUGGUGGCCACGAACUGAGGCCCAGCAAGGCGUGGGACUCGUGGUUGUUCCCUCGCGGGUUGUCGCCUGUGGAAUAUGCGUUUGAUAUACCUUCCCAAUGCAAAGCAGUCCUGACCAAUCGGUGCAACCUCAAUGUUGUGAGUGAAGUAUUUGACAACCUAGACAAAGCAAAUAAAAAUCGAUUUGCAGAGUCUUUCUUUCGGCCACUAAUAAAUAUUCCCGAGUUCAUAGUGUCCUCGCAAAUAGUCCACAAAGUACUUCAUAGGACAUUGAAAGCGUCCAAAAAUGACAAAGAUGGCGUGUGGUUUAGAUUUGGGGAAAACGAAGCUAGGUUUGGGUUACAAGAGUUUUGUCUUAUAACCGGAUUUAAGAUUGCGGCGGAUGAUGAAAAUGCGUACGAGGUCCCCAAAAAUAACAGUUUGCUUUUGCAACUGUUCAAGGAGAAGCGGGGGAAGAUCAAACGCAGUGACUUACUCGAGAAAUUUUCAUGA